CGCAGCUUUCUAUUCUUGUGUCGCCGGCUGGUUCUCUCAGUUCCGAUCUGGACUCGCUGUGGGCGGCCGCUGACACGAUGUUUGGGAGCCUUCUCAGAGACUUCGAGGAAGAUCCGUUCUUCUCGGAUCCGUUCACUGCCCACCAAGAACAUGUGAGACAGAUGAUGAGAAGUUUCUCUGAUCCUUUUGGCCGGGAUCCCUUCUUCAGUAUCACAGAUGGCAGAUCUCACGGCCGGAGAGGGCAGCAAGGUUCCCAGGUGGCUCUGAGAGAAGAUCACAGGGCCUCAAGUCUGUGUCAUAUGCCCAGUGCUCCCUUUUCUAGUAUGGUCCCUGAUGGGUUUCACCCCUUUGAUAACAUGAUGGCAAACAUGAGGAACAGAAUGGUAGACAUACACAAACAGUUUGAAGGAUUAGCAGACAGACCUGACGUUCACUCAUUUAAGUCAUCCUCCGUAAUGACGUAUUCCAAGACUGGAGACGAGCCUCCUAAGAUUUUCCAUGCAACAAGUCAAACCCGUAAAGCUCCUGGUGGCAUAAAGGAAACAAAGAAAGCUGUCAAGGACUCUGAAAGCGGAGUGGAAAAGAUUGCUGUUGGACAUCACAUCAAAGAUCGCGCCCACAUUGUCAAGCAAAUGAAGAACAACAAAACAGGAGAUCAAGAAGUCAACCAGGAUUUUCUAAAUAUGGAUGAAACCGACGCCCCAUCAUUUGACUGCGAAUGGGAACGGGAGAUUUCAAAGUUCAGACCAUUUGAAAAAAAGCUCUCCCUAGAAGCUCCUAAACACCAAAGGGUCCAGUAUUCUACCAAAAUAGGAGCCCCAGAUGUGCCUAGAAGGGAGCGAUGCAUCUCCAAAAUGGUCAUCUAGAAGAUUCGUCAAAGCAUGUGACUUCAGUAAUUACAAAAACAUUUCAAGGUCAACUAGGAAACUCUUGAAGGGACAUGCAAGAUGUAACAGGGUCUCUUAAAUAAAUAAGACAUGCACAGUUGAUUGGUUCUGCAUCUUAUUUGAAAGGUCAAUCGGUACUGAUGGAGCCUGCUCUUAUGUGCCAGCUUAGUGGUGUGCAAAUGAAAACAUCUCUUCAGCACUUCUCUAUUAUGUUUGGCAACUUUUUUACUAAGAUUGCACUUUAUCAGGUUCAGUAAAGGGCAUAGAACGUUGAAGCUAUAUUUUGUUAUUGUCCUAAAUCAUAUUUUCUAUUUUAUUAAGAUGGUACAAUUGUCAUAUGCUGUAAUUAUUACUGUGCAUCAGAAGUCUAAGCUUGUCCAGUACAGAGGUCAAUGUCUUUAUUGUUCACUAACUCUUCAUAUACCCUAUGAUGUAUAUUAUUAUACUAUUAAGGUACCGGGAUUUUAAUAUUGAUGACCUUUUCUCAUCAAACCCCUUUAAAGCGCAUCUGUUUGCAGAUUUGUACCUAUGAAAGCUGAAGACACCUUUGUUGGUUUCAUGUUCAUAUGUGCCCGCAUUGCUGAGAAAAAUUACGUUUUAUUUUAUGUAAAUGAGCCUCUAGGAGCAACGGGAGCGUUGUGGUUACACCUAGAGGCUCUGCCCUCUCUGCAACUGCCGCGCCUUGUCCACUCGGAUUGACAGAGCCAGGCAGGUCUGAUAACAUUUACACUGCUUGGUCCUGUCAAUCAAAGUGGAGAUGGUGAGGCAGUUACAGAGAGGGCAGAGCCUCUAGGAGUAACAGCAAUGCCCCCAUUGCCCUAAAGGCUCAACAUGGGAACAUGAGACCAACACAGAUGCCUUCAGCUGCCAAGUGCACAUGUAACAGGUCAGCCAGUGUCAUAGGUACACAUCUGCUGAGAGAUACCCUUUAAUAUAUUAACCUACUGCAUUGAAGGCUUGUUACAGGGCCGGCUUUACCUCUAGUGACUUUCACAUUGGCCAUAAAAUGGCAAAUCUUUGUGAAAAUCUCUAUUCAUUAAAAAUGGGUUCAUGCAUUAUCUAUCCUAUGUCGUUUUUAGAUCUGCUUAUCUUUACUACUACUGUCAUACAGCAUAAUGUAAAACAAAGACCUUCAGAAACUCAGAUAAGGCUCUAUCCACAUCUAAUUUGUUGGGCUAUUUCAGAGGUAUACAUUGUAAAUAUUCCCGUAUACAUCCAAUGGAAACCUCCAGUGUAUACCACUGUAUUCUUAUGGGGUAUAUUCUUUUGGGUUACGCAACUGUAUUGGAAAGCAAAGUAGACUAUGCUUUCCUGUACAGUGUAAGGGCUCAUUCAGACGGCCGUAUGCUGUCCGCAAAAAUGCGGAUCCGUUUUUUUGCUGAUUAGAUGCUGUCCUAUUCACUUCUGGGGCCCUUUUAUUCCAUUGCACGGCUCAGCAAAAAAAUUAAACAUGUCCUAUACUUGUCCCUGAAAAUCAGGACACGGCCCUAUUGAAGUCUAUGGAUCAGCAAAAAAACUGAAUGCAAUCAGUUUUUUUGUCGACAUGCUGAACUUUCCACAAAAAAACGGAUCCGCAUUUUUGCGGACAGCAUACAGCCGUCUGAAUGAGCCCUUAAAAAGGUUACUGACACAUACCGGCCCAACAACCCAGGAUGAGAUGUGACCUACCUGUGGGAUGAUUAGGUUUGGAAUGUUUAGAGACCAAAGAGUAAGACAUUAGGAAGAUUGGUGCUAAUGGAAGACGAUCUGGUUGCUUUGGGGUCUAUUGGUAUUUAGAUAUUGAACUGUGCUAUUGCAAGUGAUAAAAUAGUUUUUAAAGAUUUGUAUGAAGCAUCCUACAGAAUAGAUCACAGGUUUUCAUCAGCAGAAAAAUAAUAGACCAUAUCAAUUAUCCUUUGAUCUGUUUAUGCCUGAUAUACCUACUUUCAUAUUGUAAAUUUGGCACAUGCUUAUCUGCUACAUUAUUGUCUACUUUUUUUUAAGUUUGUCAGAUUUUCGAAAACAUGUUGUGUAGCACUGUACACAGAUUGUAUUACAGUCCCUGUCACCAAUGGGGGCUGUCAAUCAAAUUCCCUAUCUCACACACUAAUGCCAAUUUCUAGGAAGCCAAUUAACUUGCCAGAACGGUAUGUUUUUGGAAUGCUGGAGGAAAUACACUCUCACACGGGAAGAUCAUACAAACUCCACACAGAUUGUGGUCAUUGGCUGCAGGACAAUGGUGCUAACCACCAGAACAAGCACUAGUUCAAUGUUUGUAAAUGAUGAUGUACAGGAUGUAUAGGUUGGUGCUAUAAAGACAAUGGCAAAUAAGUAAAUUAUUACUCUUUUAAAGACUAUGGAUUGUGGCAGUUUUUUAUAUUUGCAAUUUACUCAUUUUGGGCAAAAAAUCUUUUUUUUUCCAUUGGUUUUAUUCAAAAUUUUCAACAAUUUUUUUUUCUAGCUUUUAGUUUCGGUGCAUUUUCAGACCAGCAGGCUCUCUGUUUAGCUCAUUCACACGACUGUAUGAUUGAGUCCACAUCUGUUCCUCAAUUUCCAAAUGGGUGCAGACCCAUUCAUUUCAAUGGGGCCGCAAAAGAUGCGGACAGCAUUUGUUGUUCUGUUCCGCGGCCCUGCAAAAAAUAUAGAGCAUGUCCUAUUCCGCAAAACAUGGGGCGGUAGUGUGAAUGUGCCCUUACGCUGAAUCUGUCAGAGAACAGCUGUGUUGGCUGGAUAUGUAGCCCUUAUAGCCGACAGCUCAUAAACUUUCACUGAAGGUAAAUUUUUAUCAAACUGAUAAGGAUGUAGCUGUAAUUAGUAUUUUUUGCAGUUUACUGAUUUU